AUGAAGUUUUGCAAAGAAGAAAGAUUACAUCAUUUCCGUCCGGAUGACCGUAGUUUCCAAAAGCCGUCUUUUCGGUCCGAGUACAAGGAGGGCAAGAAGAAGGAGGAUGUCAGCAAGAAGCCAUACGCCGCCAAGUAUGGUCUCAACCACGUUGUCGGACUCAUUGAGAACAAGAAGGCCGCUUUGGUUCUCAUCCCCAACGAUGUUGACCCAAUUGAGUUGGUUAUCUUCCUCCCAGCUCUCUGCCGAAAGAUGGGUGUCCCCUACGCCAUCAUCAAGGGUAAGGCCAGACUCGGCACGGUAGUCCACAAGAAGACCGCUGCUGUUCUUGCUUUGACCGAUGUCCGAUCCGAGGACAAGACUGAGCUGUCAAAGCUGGUCCAGGCCAUCAAGGAGGGCUACGCUGAGAAGUAUGAGGAAGCCAAGAGACACUGGGGUGGUGGUAUCAUGGGUGCAAAGGCUGUUGCUCGUACCGAGAAGAAGCGCAAGGUUCUUGAAAGUGCUAUCAAGAUCUAGAUGUUUUCUGGACUGGUUCGUGGCGUUUUUCAUGAUAUUAUGGCUGGGCAUGGAUCGUAGCUAGGCAUGACACGAAAAUUCCAGCUGGAUGAUACCAUAUGUGUUGUGCUUCCAUUCCUGUGACUUCACAUAUUGUUUUUGACCAGAUGCGCUUGCGAGUGCUUGUCCUUGCGAGUGCUUGCGCUUGUGUAGGCCGGGAGCCUUGGUGACUGAGUAGUGAUACAAGUCUAAGGUCUUGGUACAGAGUACAAGAAAUCCACCGAGCUCCCAUCCGUCAUCCCGAUAUAUAUAUAAAGAUGGAGCUCCCCAUAUUCUUCCAUCAGCGAAAAAGUAUUAAGACAAGCUUCCAA